AUGUCUGCCGUUCUGAAAGCAUUCAAUUUAUAUAAAUUAAAACAAAAGAUUUCUUUCUCAACGGAAACUUGCAUUAAUCAUCCUCAGAAAGGUAUUACUGAAGAGGAAAACAUUGUUGUGACUGUCAAUAUUCCACACAAGUACCUAGAACAAUUGUAUGACUUGAAGCAAGAUGGUAAGUUAACUGGCCUGUUGUACAUCGAGGUUUUGAAUGCAUUUAUAUCACAGAAUGCCAUGGAGAUAAAGCUAGACUGCGAAAUAAUUAAUAGUACAAUACGUAUAUAUUGUGGGGAGACUAAAAACAAAAGGUUGCGAGGCCAUGUAAGAACAGAGUACUUGGCGAAAUCAAAAUGCAUUUCUCUUUAGGAGAAGGAAAUUGCCAGGGUGUCCGAGGCGAAGAAUGAGCUAGAAACUGCAAAGGCAGUUUGUGAUACCUUGUCCAAAGAGAAAGACAAUUCAAAUGAGCAAUGCAAGAUACUAUCGAAAGAGUUGUGUACAUUGCAAGGAGCCAAGAAAGAGACUGAAUGA